AUGCCCUUUGGAUUGAAGAACGCCGGAUCAACGUAUCUAAGGCUGGUAAAUAUGAUGUUCGCAGACCAAAUAGGAGAAACCAUGAAGGUCUACAUCAACGAUAUGCUAGUGAAAUCUCUAGAGGCGGAAGACCAUAUCUCGCACCUACAACAGGUUUUCUCUACCCUUCGCAAGUAUAACAUGAAACUCAGCCAAGCUAAGUGCUCGUUCGGCAUCAGCUCCAAAAAGUUUCUAGGGAACAUUGUAACCCACCGGGGCAUAGAAGCCAAUUUGGACCAGAUCAGGGCUAUCCAUUCCAUCCCUUCCCCAAGAAAUGUGAAGGAAGUACAGAAACUGACCGGCAGGAUGGCAGCCUUAAGCAGAUUCAUCUCCAGGCUCUCCGACAAAUCCCAUGCCUUCUUUGAAACCCUUAAAAAGCCAAAAGAUUUUGAAUGGACCGAGAAUCAGCGCCGUCCUGGUCCUGGAAGAGGGGACCAAGCAGCUACCAAUCUACUACGUAAGCAAAUCCCUCCUAGACGCGGAAACUCGCUACAGUCAUCUAGAGAAGCUGGCCCUAGUUCUGAAGAUCGCCGCUCGGAAACUAUGACCCUAUUUCCAAGCUCAUCCGAUUGUGGUCGUCACCUCGUUCCCUAUAAAGUUGGUUCUACAUACGACGUCUCCGGAAGACUAGCAAAAUGGGCAGUCGAGCUAGGAGAAUACGACGAGGUACGCCUCCAGAAAGAGGCCGACAAGGAAGGAGAAUGGGUCUUGCAUGUAGACGGCUCCAGCAACAUUCGAGGAGCAGGAGUGGGGAUCGUGCUCACAUCGCCAACAGGAAACACGGCCUCAAGAGCCGUAAGGUGUAACUUCAAAGCAAUGAACAAUGAAAGUGAGUACGAGGCCUUGAUUGAAGGACUAUCGCUCGCCCACCAGCUAGGUGCCGAAAAUAUCCAAGUCUACAGUGACUCCCAGCUAAUUAUCAACCAGGGCCUCACAAGCAAGUUUAAAAGCUGUAAACUCAGGCAGAUCCCCAGGGAGCAGAAUUCGCAGGCCGACGCUCUGGCUAACCUAGGGUCGGCCCUCCAGACGCAGACUCAGAUGAGCAUGCCAGUAUUAGUGUUGCAAUGGCCAGCCACCCUAGAACCAUCGAACGAAGAGGUCUCUGCCAAUGAGGAAGAAGAAACUUGGAUGACCCCCAUAGUUUGGUACCUCAAAGACGAUAUCCUCCCCGAAAAUCGCAAUGAAAGCAGGAAAAUCAAGAAACAGGCUGCUAGAUAUUGUCUAUCUCAGGAAGUAUUGUAUCGCACGUCAUUCACCGGUCCAUACCUAAGGUGCGUCACGCCCCGUGAAGCAGCUAGAAUCCUUGUCGAACUACAUGAAGAAGAUUGCGGAUCUCAUUCCAGCGGGAGGAGCCUGGUGCUGAAAGCUAAGAGAGCAGGCUAUUAUUGGCCGACAAUGGCGGAAGAAGCUAACAAGAAGGUGUUGGGGUAUGGGAGCUGGGCCAUUCCCCCUGGGAAUAUAAUCGUAGAUGCGCCGCUAGCGGGUAUUCAGCAAAGGCUUCAUAACGAGCUAUUUUCCCUUCUUAACCGGGUAAGUGAUAUGGCUACCCAGCGCGACUUGCUGAUUCAGCAAGUGAGAGCUUCGAGUAGGUGGGAGCUUAUGAAGGAAUUACUAGAAAGAAGGACGGAGCAUUGGGACCCUUCGGAGGAGUACCGCCAGUAUUUAUUUUGGUCUGUAGAGCCGACGCGUCUUGCUGAUGCUUCCUUGCGAGUCGGUCCUGAGUCUGCUGCGGAGUCUCGGGUUUCAGCUGGUCCGCCAUUCUAG